AUGCAACAAGCCAAGUCAGUGGUUGAUAGCUGGAUAUCGAGUUCCGAUUCGGAGCAAGAAAACAAAAAAACAUCACAUCAGGAUGUAGUGAACAAGUUUUUUGCUUCGCAACAACAACAACCUGGAAAGCAACAUCAAAACAGAAGAAUGGGCCUCCAAGCCGAUAAACUCUCAACCGAAAGCUUGAAACAACAGCAGAAAAAUAAGAUGGAUAAAAUUAAUAACAAUUUAAAAUUUCAAAUUUUAAAAAAACAUGACAUCAGAAAACGCAAAAAGAGAAAGGGAGAAAUUGUUGACUAUGGAGAAGAAGAUGAGGAAGAAACUCUACAAACAAAUAAUUCAUCUUCAACAAAUAACAGUGAUGGUACUAAUAACAGUUCUUUAAAGCGCAAGAAUUUGGAUCAAAAAAAUAGUGAUGACAUCGAUGCAGGAGAAACCAAGUUGAAGCACAUCAGCAAAAAGAAGAAGCUCAAAAAGAAAAAAAAUGUGUAA